AUGUAUAUACGGCUCAAAUGGGCUUCACAUAUUUGCUUUAGGAACGCAAAUUCUUGUUUUUGGAUUCGAUAUGUGGGUUCAAUUGCAAACUCAUUGUACCAUUGGAACUCAAAAAUUACUAGUUCUUUCAAGAAAGGUGAUGUUGAGGGGGCACGCAAGUUGUUUGAUGAAAUGCCUCAGAGGAAUGUAGUAACUUGGAACUGUAUGAUUUCUGGGUAUGUAAGAAAUGGGAUGCUCCAUGAUGCUCAACAAGUGUUUGACACAAUGCCGAGUAGAAAUGUUGUUUCUUGGACAGCCUUGUUAAGUGGGUAUGCAAAGAAUGGGAAUUUACAAGUGGCACGGCGGAUGUUUGAUGGAAUGGAUGAUAAGAAUGUGGUUUGCUGGAAUUCAAUGAUCUCGGGGUACGUGAGCAAUGGGAGGAUAGAGGAAGGUAGAGCGUUGUUUGAUGCAAUGCGGAUUAAGAAUGAUGUAUCGCAUGGGAUUAUGAUUGAAGGAUACUUCAAGUAUGGGGAUGUGAGUGAAGCUGAGAGGUUGUUUAGUGAAGCACCAGUGAAAAGUGUGACACUUUGUAAUGUUAUGUUAACAGGUUAUGCUGAAAUGGGGCGGACUGAGGAUUCGUAUAAGUUAUUUAUGAGAAUGGCUAGGUGUGAUGUGGCAUCUUGGACUAGUAUGAUUACGUGUUUUUUAAGAGCCAGGGAGGUGGAAAAAGCUAGAAGGUUGUUUGAGGACAUGCCUGACAAGGAUGUCGUGGCUUGGACUGCUAUGAUUAAAGGGUAUUGUGAAAAUAACAACGUGGAGGAGGCAGGAAAACUUUUUGCUGUAAUGCCUCAAAAGGAUAAUAUUGCAUGGAAUUCAAUGCUAAGUGGUUAUCUGCAACAUGGAAGACUGCAAGAUGCUCUACACCUGUUUCAUACGAUGCCAUGGAGGAACACAGUAUCAUGGAAUUCGAUGUUGUGGGGUUUCAUUCAACAAGACGAUAUAACUAGUGCUCGAGAGUUGUUUGAGCAGAUGCCUAGAAAAGAUGAAACCUCGUGGAACACUAUCAUUUCAGGAUAUCAAAAUGAGGAAGCUUUGGUUUUAUAUAUCCGGAUGUUGCAAAACAAUUACAGGCCAGAUCAGACCACAUUUUCCAAUGUGGUCUCGUUAUGUGGAGUUCUUUCUUUGUAUGGUUGGGGAAGAGCUUUGCAUGCCAGUGUAACUAAGAGUGGCUUUGAAAAUAAUACCAUGAUUAUAAGUGCAUUCAUAUCCAUGUACUCCGGGUGUGGGUUUAUACAUGAAGCUUCCUCACUUUUCAGAAGUAUGAAAAAACUAGACACAGUAUCAUGGAAUGCCAUGAUUGUAGCACAAGCAUGUCAUGGUUCUGCUAAAGAAGCCCUCGAUCUUUUUCCUUGUAUGAUUCAAGCUGGAUAUGAACCAGACCAUGUAACUUUUCUUGGUGUCCUAACUGCUUGUGCUCAUUCUGGAUUAGUGGACGAGGGUUGGAGCUACUUUGUAUCAAUGGAGAAAAGGUGGAGUAUAAUUCCAAAGGCUGAGCACUAUAACUGCAUGGUUGAUCUUCUUGGGAGAUCAGGGAUGCUAACUGAAGCCUUUGAACUAGUCAAGCAAAUUCCUCUUGAUCUCCCUGCUCAUGCUCGGGAGACAUUACUUAGUUGUUGUAGAGUCCAUGAAAAUUUUGAUUUAAGUGAUCUAGUAGAACAGAAACUUCUAAGCCUUCAGCCUUCUAAUAUUGGAAUGUGUGUGCUUUUAUCAAAUAUGUAUUCUUCAAGAGGAAUGUGGAAAGAUGCAGCUCGUGUGAGAGCACUACUUAAAAAGUAUGAUUUGAAGAAAGAAUUGGCGUGUAGCUGGAUUGAGAUAAAUGGUUGUAUUUCUCAGUUUGUUUCAAAUGACAGAUGCAAUCCUAGAGCAAUGGACAUAUACAAAGCAUUAGGAAGUCUUUCUGCAUUGAUUGAAGAUAGUGGCACAUUAGUUUAUCGGGGAUGUUAUUCAAAAUUCGGUUCUUCAGAAGAAAUUAAUGUUCCCUAACAUAUUUUUUCCCUUUAUUUCAGUCUAUAAAAGUUCCAGAGUAGAAUUUCUGUUUUCCUCUUGGUGAAUCCC